AAACAGAAGGAGGCGGAUCUGGCAAGGAAAAAAGUUCCUUUGCUGGAUGUGAGGAAAUAGGAAGAUGAAAACAUGCUCCACCCGCCUUUUCACAGCCAGCCGUACCCUCUGUCUUCCAACCCAGUCCUGGCAAAUGAAACUCCCUGAUUUCUGGUGGUGCUUGGCGUGACAUAUAAAAGACUUGGAGAUUUCCUUUCCAGAGACCUUACUUCACUUACAACACUGAAGUGUUCUUGGCUUUGCAAAUAAGUGACUCCUGACUGGGAAUGUUUCUCCUGCAAAUUCUUCUCCAGUCUUGGGCUCUCUAUCACUGGGCAUACGGUGAAGAAACUCAUACCUUCAUCAUGACAUUGACUGCCAACUUUUCAAAAGAAAACUCUGCGAAAUUUGUAGGCAAUGCCAUCCUAAAUGGAAUAAUGACCCAUAGCUUGGAGGGUAAUACUAAACAACUGAAUGUGAGCCAGCUGUCACCAUUAGAGGCAUCCAACCAAUGGGAACAGACAGAAAGCAAACUGCACCAAUAUCUACAGAGCUUCCAGGGGAUGGUUGCUGUACUCUCAAAGGAAAAGAUCAUAUCCUAUCCCAUAUCCCUAUAUUGCACAAAGGGGUGCGAAGUGUCGGAAAAUGGCACCAGAAGCUUCUACAAGAUUUCGCUGAAUGGGAAUGAUUUCCUGAAAUUUCACACAAAGAGUAAUAACUGGGAAGGUUUAGCUAACACUUUGGUGGCCAACUAUACUAGUCAGAAGCUGAAUCAAUUCCAAGAGACAACUACCAAUCUACAGUUCUUCCUAGAAGAAACAUGUGUCAACUUUCUAAGGAUGCAUACUAACAACAAAGAAGCCAUAACUGGGCAGCAUGAAGGACCUUCACACACUCCGCUGGUGAUAGGCAUCAGUAUGGGUGCUCUUGCUCUAGUGGGAUUAGCUGUGUGCCUAUUCUUGUGCACAGGUGGGAAGAGAUAGCAGAAGCACUGACACACAAAUGAACUAUCAGCUUUCUUGGUUUCUCAAUGCAGCCUAUUGGAAGACAAACACGCAGGACUCAUAAGUGUGUGGGGAAACAGAACGCCACAAUGAAAAAUAUAGGCAUCUUGUAUCUAUCUCAACAAAUGAUUGCCUUUUCUCCUUUACAGAAACUUCAGCUCAAGUUCCCACCUAACCAGAGUUCAUUCAUUACUUUGAGUCAGUCACUUUCAACUCAACUCAACCCAAUAUGCUAGUUUUCAUACGACAUUGUAUUUUAUCAUGCUGAGAGCACCAGGUUAGAGACCAGGAGACUAAGUUCUAGUUCUGCCUGAUAUGAAAGCCAGCUGGGUGAAUCUGGGAAGUCACUCUUUCUCAGCCACAAUGUUGAGUUCAGGCGAUCAAUGCAUCAACACUUGGUUGAUCUGGAAAAAAGCAGACGUUCUUUUGUAGGCAAUUUUUUUGUGUAGGAAAGCAGGAAUUUUUUUUAUCAUGCUGUAUCAGUAUAUACCUGUUUUUUCCUAUUGUGCUGAUUUUUUAUUGUGACCAUGUUGUAUUUUAUUAUAUUCUAUCAACAAUUUUUUAAUUUGCACUGUACUAAUACCCCAUUUUGGGGAGGUAUUUAACAAUCGGAUUUGCAUGUUCUUUUAUUCCUUUAUCCUUCAGGCAAAUACAGUAUAAAAAUCUAGAAUGCCUGAAUUUUUUUUUGUUUCUUUCUAUGUUCAUCAUGAAAAAAUUUAGGCAUCCCUGAUCAGAUCACAUUAGAGUUUUAACAAAGGAAAUACAUUGAUUGUAAUAUAAUACACGUCAGUUGAUUUUGGGUGGCUCUUUCUAUACUUCCUUCCAUUCCUAUAGUUCCAAAGACAAUUUAUGAUGAUAAAUCCAGUGAUGUGAGAAAUCUUAUAAGCCUGUGGACCUUUAAGAACAUUCAGAAUUAGAAACUGUAUGUUUUAAAUUUAAUUGGGACACGCUAGAAAUAAUGCUUCUUUCAAGAGAUUUUUAUAGAAUGUCUUCAGAAUUUUACUAGAAAUUAGGAUUCCAUUAUUUUUUCUGGAUGCUUAGGACUACAGUGUGUACCAAGAAACCAUGAGAUAACUCCAUGCAUUUUAUCCUCAUAACACUGAGCAGCAGCCAACAAUUGUGAAACUGUUUCCUGUUCAUCACUUCUAAGUGCUUUAAAGAUCCCCCAAAAGUUCUCAGAUAAUUAAGGAUCUUAUUAGCUGUUCACCAGAAUUUAGACCUUGGGCUUUCAGUUAUGAGCUCGCAUAAUCAUAUAUUUAAAUAUAGCUACAUUUUUUUUAAAAAAAAGAGCAUUUUACCUGUCUGUUUCAUUUGUAGAACUUAUAGUUCUUUAAAAAAAAGAAAGAAUGGCAAAAUUGGCUGGAUGUUUUUUAUAAAGUUAUUCCAAUCUA